CACUCUGCUGCUCUUCGGAACGGGCUAAGACGGACAGCUACUGAUCUCUUUCGAGUAGCAUCAUUUUAAUAGGCGUCCAGCUGAGGGCUUCUUAGGAGCCAGAUUCCUGAUGCCUACCUGCCCCCUCGGGAGGACUCAAUAAUUCAGGCUUCAGCUGGCAAUAAACCAAGCUUCCCUCCCCUCCUCUCCCCUCCUCUCCCCCACUCCUGCCGCCUCCUCUUCGCCUGCCCUCCCAUCGCUACCUCCAGCCUCCCCGAACGCAGCCAUGAAGGAGAGUUGAGCUCUGCCACCUUCAGUUGCUUUUGCAGCGCAGGAAGUUGGCACCGGGAAGCUCCUGCUGCUAAGGGGAUCCUGGGGGACUGAAAAGAGGCAAAGGGAGGGAAUCCAGAGGGAGAGUUUUUAUUGUGGGAAGUAGGAGGCUGUCUGAUUCCCGGACUUCGUGAUGGACCCCAAGGAGCGGAAGAAAAUCCAGUUUUCGGUACCUACGCCGCCCAGCCAGCUGGAUCCCCGUACAGUGGAAAUGAUCCGUCGUCGGAGACCAACCCCAGCUUUGCUUUUCCAGCUUUCAGAAACUUCCUCCCCCGAAGAUGAAGCAUCCCCAUAUCAGAGAACUCUGGGUGAAGGAUACCAUCUUAAAAACAAAAGGAAUGCCCCUUGUGUCUAUACCCCCCCUUCUCUUAAAGCUGUGCAACGCCUCGCACAAAGCCAUCUGGAAUCCAACAGUUCCUGGAUGGAUGAAGACUAUGCUGAAGAUGUUGAGGAAGAAGAAGAGGAGGAGGAAGAGGAGGAGGAAGAAGAAGAAGCUCAGGAUUCAGAUGACACUGUGAGGGAGAUGACUGGCUUGUAUAAAUCAGGAGAAUCCCAGGGGCAGGGUCCAGCUUCCAAGGGAAGACUGCUAAGACAAUGCACUGUCUUGGAAAAUAAGCCCAAGGAAUCUGAGCAUCCAGUCUGCCCAUCUCUCUCCAAAUCCCUGAAACGGAAAGGUGGGCAGAAAGUAUCCUUUGCAGGAUCUGUUGAGGAAGUCCCUACUGGAUCAGAUAAGUCAGAAGAGGGUGAUGGCCUGGAAGAGGAGACAGAUGUGAAACAGGAAGAGGGAGAUCCACCAUUAACAGAUCAUGACAUGGAACAGAGUCACUCUGACUGGAAAGAAAGACCUCCCUGUGCUGUUAAACUGGAAAAACGUUCUUCCCCACCCCCAAUCCACACCACAACCUAGCACUGGAAGUGAAGGAUAGUUUUGGGAGAUAUCCUGUUGAUGGCAAUCUCUCAUUUUUCACAAGACCAAUUGGAUUACUUCCUUUAACAACUAUUUUCCCUCUUACUCUCUUUUCUGUUCUGAAUUUGUAUCUUAUUUGGCAGUGUGUGGUUAUGUUCAGUGAAUUGUUCAAUAGAAGGGGUAAAGGGAAGGAAGGUGAAUGAAAAGCUACCUAGAAAUGAACCUUCACAUUCAAAGGCGUGAUAUCUCUGAUGGCCUGUUGUUGUGGACGUGGCAGGAUGGCUAUUUUUAUUGUGCCUUGCCAGUAGAUUUCACUGCAAGGGGAGGAAGGAGGCCAUCCCCACAUUCAUUGUUUGACCUUCAACCCUGGACUAGAUGCUCAUUUGGUUCGAUCUAGCAUGAUCAUUCUUGGUUUUUUUUAAUGUUUCUGCUCACCCAUCCAGACCCUGAUGAUUAUAUGAUCAUGGUUUGGAAUAUUAAUAAUUAUCUAAGGAAAUAAUUGCUGAGGUGCUUCCAGACAAAUAGAGCCUUGUUCUAGUAAAAAAGUAUUAUAUAACUAUGCUAUUUUUCAUUAUUAAAAAAUGGAAACUAUUGUGUGUUGGUGGGAGGGAAAAACAAGAGAGAUAUUAUGCAGUAAUUGGAAGCAAUGUCCUAUGUAAACCAUGUAAAAUUUCAUCAAGGAGGUUGAUUGCACAAUAAACUCCUUGUCUGGCAGCACUUCUUCUCUGAAGAUAUUGCCAUUUGAUUUCUAAAAACCAAAUAUAAAAAUUUAGUAUUUCAGCAACUAGAAUUUAUAGCUGAGUUCAGCUGAAUUAUCUAAAGAAAGAUCUUUAACCUCUAUCUCCCACAUCCAUUGCUCCAUUCAAUGCUGAGAAAGCUGUAAUUCUGGAUCCAAUCACUGAAUAAUUCAAUCUUCUUCCUUCUUUCCUUUCACACUUUUCUCUCUGUGUAUUGGGAAAUGCCAUUCCAUGUUUCUCUGCUCUAUUAAAGCUUUGUAAAUAAAUACUGUAUUUAAAGAGUAUUUUAUGGAGGGAAGAGCCAACAGCAAAAGUUUAAACCAGUUCUUCCUUAAUGCAUUAGCCAGGACCUUCAGAAGGAAAAGUUUCACAGUUUUGCAAUAUUGACUUUCUGCAGAUAAUCUCUACAUACAUAAACCAAAGUUCAUUGGCAGUAGGUAUAUAAAAACAAAUUUUAGGACAAAUUUGGGAGGGUGGGAAGGAUGGACCCAUUAUUAUUCCCCCAAUGUUUAUCUUUAGGAAACCUUAGUUUUAGCUUCCAAACACAGCCCAAGCAAACCAGUUGUCAAAUAUUCAAGACUGCGUUUUGUGUAUAGAAAUCAGCAAAGUUUUGCUUACUUAUAUAUUCAUUUAUGUAUUACUUCAACUUCUACACUGCUUCAAUCUUCAUGACUUUAAUGUGCAGUUAGUAUAGCUAUUACAGUCUACCUCUCCUCUUUGUAGGACACUUUGUAAUAGUUUAAGAUCCACUUCUUUUGUUGUUGUUGUUGUUGUUGAUCAGUCACUAAGUCAUGUUCUAUUCCACAUGGACCCCAGCAUACAAAGACCCUGUCCUCCACUAUCUCCCUGAGCCUACCCAAACUCAUACCUAUUGUGUCAAUGACACUAUCUAUCUCAUCCUCUGCCAUCCCCUUCUCCUUUUGCUUUCCAUCUUUCCCAACAUCAGGGUCUUCUUCAAUUAGUCCUCUAUUCCCACUUCAGCUUCAAUACCUGUCCUUUCAAACAAGUCAGGAUUGAUUUCUUUUAGCAUUGACUGAUUUGAUCUUGCGAUCCAAGGGAUUCUCAAGAAUCUUCCUCCACACCACACUUUGAAAUCAUCAAUU